AUGUCGAACCAGGGAUAUUACGGGCACACCUACACUCAGGUCCAGCCCCAGAGGACUCCAUACUCUCCUCUGGGAAACAGCCCCUACAGCCAUGGCCAGGGUGGAUAUAUUCCUCCAUACCACCAACAAGCCGACUACUACCGUGCUCCAGCUCCCGGAUUUUAUCAGGGUCAGAAUGAAAUGGUCGGAGCUGAAGGCGAACGAGGUCUCGGUGCUACCGUCGUCGGCGGUGAUGCUGCCGGCUGGGCUGCCCACAAGGCAGGCUCCGGUAUGCUCGGCAGCCUUGCCAGCGCUGCUGCUGGCGCAAUAGGCGCUAAUUUUAUCGAGAACAAGCUGAAGAAGCACCGCAACAAGAAGCACGACAAACACUAG